AAGCGUCGGAAUAGGAGGAGGGUCCUGUCUGCAUGGUAACCAUAGAUUUGCGGAAAUUUACGAAACGAGCCGCUUCAAAAUAUUCUUCUCUCGCUGUUUUAUUGUGUGACAACACUAAGGUUAAGGUGUGGUUAGGUGUAGAUACAAAACCACUUCAUUGCGGUUUAGGAAAGAUCAUGGUUUGGGUUAAAAUGACCACUUGAAACGUGGUGUGGAUUAAAGUUACUGCUUCCUUGCAAAUCUCGCGAGAGCUUCGUAAAUCUAGGGUUACCAUCCAGACAGGACCCAGGAAGAGGAACCGCAAGUAGGCCUGUUUGGCGUGAACGCUCGGGGAAACUUUUAACGUUAUAAACAUUUCAGUUUGGUCUAGAUCCUCACAUUCAAGAUGUUCAACAGACAGACGAGCCUGUGGAUGGGUGAUUUGGACCCAUACAUGGAUGAGAACUUCAUCAAGCAGGCCUUCAGCGCUAUGGGCGAAUCACCGUUUGGAGUCAAGAUCAUCACUCACAGGAUAACAGGGGGUUCAGCAGGAUACUGCUUUGUGGAGCUGGCGGAUGAAGCAAGUGUCGACCGCUGUGUCCAAAGACUCAAUGGAAAACUGGUUCCUGGAUCAAACCCGCCCCGGAAGUUUAAGCUAAACUAUGCCACCUACGGCAAACGGCCAGAGGCAGGGCCGGAGUUCUCAGUGUUUGUGGGCGACUUGGCCUCUGAGGUGGACGACUUCCAGCUGCACCAGGUUUUUAAGAAGUACCCCUCCUGCAAGGGAGCCAAAGUAGUCACUGACCAGUAUGGAUACUCCAGAGGCUACGGCUUUGUUAAGUUUGGAGAGGAGAGCGAGCAGAAGAAGGCGAUCGAGGAGUGCCAGGGUACGAUGCUCGGGGGUAAACCGCUCAGACUCAGUAUCGCUGUAGCAAAGAGCCAGAAGAUGAGCAACUACCAUGGGGGCCAGGGCCAGAAUUACCAUAGCAACUACAACCAGUCCCAGUCCAGUUACUAUGGCAGUAACAGCGGCGGGGGUCAGGGGGGUUACUACUCUCAGUGGGGGGGCUACGACCAGUACGGCGGCUACAACAACAGCGGCUAUAACAGCGGCUAUAAUAGUGGAUACGGCAGUGGCUACAACUACAACUAUGGGCCAUAUGGAUACCCCCCACCAGGCCAUGUGAUGCCACCACCUCCCAUGGGGAUGCCACCCACUGACAUGUCAGGAGCUGUAGAGCAGAGCCAUGAGGAGACUGAGGAUAUAGAUGAAGAUAAUGCAGAAGAGCCCAUCCCUGAAUGUGACGUGGACCAGUGGAACAAAGAUUUUAUGCAACGCAGCGAGGAGUUCUACGACGCCAUGAUGAACUGUCACUGGGAGCCCCUGGACUCUGUUAACUCCCCUAUCCCCUCACUCUCUUGAUAAUUUAGUCUCUUCGAAUCCCUCCCUAAAUUUGAAAUAUUACUUUUUUUAUGAUUUCGUACUCCACAUAAUCUCCCAUGAUCUAAAGCCACACUGAGACCUUAAAAAGCCCAACUUCAGUUCAGUGUAUCAGUGCUUCUCUCAGCCUGAUGAAAGACUGACAGUACAUAUAGAUAUACUGUUCAUCUUCAAAGUACACACAAACGUUCACUUGAUUUUAAUGUUUACCAUGUUGGUAAUAUUCAGAGAGUUGAACAAGCGAGUGAAGUUAGUAUGUAGUCCAUACUGUGUAGUAUGAACUCGUCUGUACACCACAGAGGAGGGAGAGCUAAGAGUUGAGGGACAAAGUGCACAGUUACCCUCUGUGCUGUUCACAGUAGCUGUAGCAUUAAACCCAACAAGGUCUUCUAAAUAUGUUACAUGUCAUGAGUGGUUUCAAUAAUUCACCAUUUCACUGAGGAACAAACUUCACUAUCAUUUAGUUUGGUCUUGUUGAUCCAUGUUGAAAUGGACACACCAGCAAAAGCUAACUUAGUUUAUUGAAUAUGGCCCUGAUCGUUUAGGAGGAAGAGACUGUCUUCUGAAGACAAAACUAUGCCUUUUAUUGUCAUUCGCCAUGUACAUCCUCUCAGUCCAGGAUGGUAAUUAGAUUUUCUUUGUAUAUCAGUGUCUUGUUCAUUUUUUUUAAUGAAGGAUUUUUUGAGUAAAUACCUUUCUCCUCCGUUUUUUAAUUUUUCUGAUCGAUUUAAUGAGCGUUAUCUGGGUGGAGUUUUCACUAUGAAAGAUGUUGAUGUUGAGUAUAGUCAACAGAAAUCAACCAGAAAUGUAAUUUAUCACUGCUUUCCAGACAAGAAGAUCUAUCUUCUACUUAUAUAAUAGAUGAAUGCUACAACCUCCCAACACUUGUGAGCGCUGUGAAACUGUAUGUCAUGAUUUUGUGAGGUUGACAGCUGAAUUUGUUGUAUCAGAUGUCAAGGCAGCAUUUAUUCUCUGCUGUUUGAUGGCUGAUAUUUUGUAUAUAUUUUCUUUCUGGAGACAUUUUAUCAAUAAAACUAAUUUAGGAGGAAAAUUGUCUUUCUUCCUC